CACUAAAACAAGAAAUCAUCUCACAAGAAGAAGGAAUACUGUCUAUCAAGGAAAGGAAUCAUGAAGACUUUGCUAUCACUCUUCUGUCUGGUUACUUACCUGACCUGUGCUCUGAGUGCUAAUGGCUGGCCAGUCUCUCUUGACAUGGCUUGUAAUAAAGCUCUUUCUACAGUUGCUUGCUCUUUUGAGUUUACCAACAAUGGGAACGAGGAUCUUUAUCUACUGAAACGUAACACUCCUCUUGAAGGACUCUAUUCUGAAUUUGUCUCUGUCUCUCUUAACGGUCGUCCAUUGGAAUAUGAAGGUAUCUACAUUCAUCGUCUCCCUCCUACAAAGGAUGAGUUUGUUCUCUUGAAGGCAGGUGAGAGCACUUCUGCCACAGUCCAAAUCACUGACAUAUUUAGCAUUGAUACUGAUGGUCUCUACACUGUACAAUACAGUAGACCUUUACAGUAUCUGUCAGUGAGUGAGAUGAGUGCAAUGUCUAUUGAUCAGCUCAGGGAAUUGUUUGCACAGGAAUUUGUUCAGAUUCAUUUGGAAGACACUUCUCUUCUCUUAAAGCCAAAGAAGGAAGAAAUAAAAGUCGAUUACACUGUCCACCUUGAAGCCUGUGGCAGUGCUAGAUUCGUUGGUAAUAACCAAAAUUAUGCAACACUUCAUGCUCAUCAGCAUCUCUGUAGUUCCCUUCUUAAAGCUGAAACUAAAGUUGGCUACGGUAUUCCUAUAUCUGCUAAAUGGUUUGGUGCAUAUUCAUACCACAGGACAGCUGUAGCUAAAAAUGUGUACCAGAAAAUAAGAUAUGGUAUAACAACCAAGACAGUCACAUACUACAAUAACGGUCCACAGUGCCGUCCCAAUUCUUAUGCUUAUACGUACAAGGGAAGUACUACUGUCUACCUCUGCCCUGUCUAUUAUAGAGAUCAGAUACUCUGUAGCACAACUGGUGAGAGCAAGGAAGGUACACUGGUUCACGAAUGGUCUCAUGCUUUUGGCUACACUGAUGACAUUGUCUAUGGCCGGCCAAAUAGCCUGAAUUUAGCCAGGUAUCAUCCCGAUAAUGCUGUCAGGAAUGCUGAAAGUUACUGUUAUCACUAUUGUGAUGCACGGUUCUUUUAAGGAGCUGAUGGGAUCAUUGGUACAAAGCCAAGAACUUUAGGACUCAUGCAACACUAUAGGACAUGCACAGUUUAUUUUUGC